AUGGCUUUUAGUGUCCAAACCGAGAAGCAUUCUCCAAUGAAGCUGCCGCCAGGUGUCCGAAUGUGGGGUGCCCACGUGGAUCUCUACGUUUUGGACAGCUUUCUUUCGGUGGUUCAUAGUAAAAAGUAUAGCAAGAUUGAUAUUUGGGUGAUGAAGGAAUAUGGGGUGAAUGACUCUUGGACUAAAGUGGUGGCCGUUGGCCCUCCGGCGAUCGACCGGCGAGAUUUCCUCAGCCCGUUGGUUUAUUCACAGGACGGCGAUAAAGUCUUGUUGAGCUGCAAUGAUUUUAGGCUUGUUUGGUUCGAUUCGAAGGAGAAGAGUGUUUGUGAUGUCGAUGUUCAGGGUUUGCCUUACAGGUUUUACGCCGAGGUUUGUGUCGAGAGCCUUAUUAGGCUCAGCGAGCAGGGGAAAGAGACAAAAAGGAUAAGGGGAAAAAGGGAGAAGAUAGGAAAGAAAAGGGAUGAUUUCUUGUCUGAAGGAUUCAAUUUGGUGCUCUAA